CGGCUGUGAUUACUGAGCCCGGAGCCCGGGGCAGUGAGACCCCUUUAUCUUCUGUCUCUGCUCUUACAGCCAUCCCAUUCCAGACUAGAGGCGUGAAUGUAAAGGGACUGUGGAAAGAAUGGAAAAGGAAGAUAAAGAUUUCUUGAACCCUUAACUGCUUGCUAGGUCUAUCUGCAGUUAAUUGGCUGCACUGAUCCUAGUUUGUCCUUGGAGACUCAGCAGAAGAUCCUGAUGGAGGAGGAUAAUAUCCAGAGAGAGGACACCACGGAAGAGGGAGCUGGUGACAGACGGCCUGUGGAUUCCAACAAGAUUAUGGCAGAGCAGAGCCACAUGCAAGAGCAGCUGGAUUUACAGAAUGGUAGCUUAGAGGCAGGCUUUGUGGAGAAUUCUCUCGAAAACGAUUCCCAAAACAUGAUGGAGAGCCUGAGCCCAAAGAAAUAUUCUUCCAGUCUGAGAUUUAAAGCCAACGGAGACUGUUCUGGCUCCUAUUUAACCCUCUCACAACCUGUGCCUGCUAAAAGAAGCCCUUCUCCUUUGGGAACCAGCGUCAGAAGUAGCCCUUCUUUGGCCAAAAUCCAGGGAACUAAGCAGUUCUCUUGCGAUGGAAGUGACAAAGGCCUUUCCAUGAAACCGCCCAGCCCUUUACACAGCACUCCAGCCUCCCUUAGUGGAUAUGCACUUGGGAGAGCGGACUUUGAUCAUUUUCUCGGCCGGGACAUGGAAAGGUUCUCGAGGCUUUCAGAGAAGCCUCCCUAUUCCAAGCAUAGCUCAAGGAAUAAAUCCCAUGACAGUGUCUGCUUUCUGGGAGGGCUGGAAGGCCGAAAAGCCUCUGGCUCGCUCCUGACCGUGUGGGGUGGGGGUUCCCUGGGCGACACUGGCUCCUCGCCCGUCAGCGGGUCCGGGGCGGCCAGCAUGCCUUCAAGCCCAAAGCAAGCCAGGAAGAUAAGCAUCCAGGACAACCUGGCUCUUCAGCCCAGGUCGAGCAGACACCGGGAGCCUGAGAGCAUCAGCUUGAGAACCAGGAAGUACUCUGGCGGCAGCCUGAGUCACAUGGGCGCCUACAGCCGCUCCCUCCCAAGGCUGCACAGGGCCGCCGAGAGCCAGCUGGCCGCUCUCAGUCUGCCUCCGAGGAGCGCUCUGGGCAAUUCCAAACGGACGAGACUGGGGGAAAAGGAUCUACCUCACAGCAUCAUAGACAACGACAAUUACCUGAACUUUUCUUCUUUGAGCUCAGGAGCUUUGCCCUAUAAAACCUCUGCCUCCGAGGGCGGUCCCUACGUGAGUUCCACCCUCAGCGUGCCUGCCAGCCCUCGAGUGGCUCGCAAGAUGCUUCUGGCCUCCACCUCCUCCUGCACCUCUGACGACCUUGACAGGGCUUCCUACGCGGGUACCAGCCCCGGUCACUCGUUUCCUCCUGGGGAGCUGGACCGAGCACUUGCAGCCAGAAGGAACUUCUCGUGUGGGUCUGUCGAGUUUGAUGAUGCCGACUUGGACAGCCUCAGGCAGGCCUCAGGAACCCCCCAGCCCGUCCUUCGGGAACGGAAAAGCAGCAUCAGCUCCAUUUCCGGACGAGACGACCUGAUGGAUUAUCACCGGCGGCAGAGGGAGGAGAGGCUCAGGGAGCAGGAGAUGGAGCGAUUGGAGAGACAGCGUCUGGAGACCAUCCUCAGUCUCUGUGCCGAGUACACGAAGCCUGACAGCCGCGUGGCCCCCGGCACCACCGUGGCAGACGUGCAGAAGAUCAACAAGGAGCUGGAGAAGCUGCAGCUCUCCGACGAGGAGUCUGUGUUUGAAGAAGCCCUGGUGGGCCCGGACACCCGGUACCGGCGCCACCAGAAAAGCGCUCUCCACGACGCGGACCUGGCCGGCGUGGGGAGCCUCGGCCAGAGCAGUGCCGGCUUCCUCCCCCCACGGGGCGCCAGGAGUGAUGAGCUGCUCCGGGACCUCACCCGGACUCCCCCGCCGCCCUCCUCUGCCUUUCUGAAAGCUUCCGGCGAGUCUGCUUACCUAAGUAUCCUACCAAAGACCCCAGAGGGCAUAAGUGAAGAACAAAGGAUUCAGGAGUUGACUGCAAUGGAAGAGACCCGGAUAACAAUUCUGAACAACCUUGAGGAACUCGAACAAAAAAUCAAAGAUAUAAACGACCAGAUGGAGGAGUCUUCCAGAGAGCUGGAUAUGGAAUGUGCUCUCUUGGAUGGAGAACAAAAAUCGGAAACAACUGAACUUAUGAAAGAGAAGGAGAUUUUGGAUCAUCUAAAUCGGAAAAUCACAGAACUGGAAAAGAACAUUGUUGGUGAAAAGACCAAGGAGAAGGUAAAGCUUGAUGCUGAAAGGGAAAAACUAGAGAGGCUUCAGGAGCUUUACUCCGAGCAGAAGACCCAGCUGGACAAUUGUCCUGAGUCCAUGAGGGAACAGUUACAACAACAACUGAAGAGGGAUGCCGACCUACUGGAUGUUGAGAGCAAACACUUUGAAGACCUGGAAUUCCAGCAGCUUGAGCGUGAAAGCCGUCUAGAUGAGGAAAAGGAGAACCUGACCCAGCAGCUCCUGCGUGAAGUGGCUGAGUAUCAAAGGAACAUUGUUACUAGAAAGGAAAAAAUUUCUGCAUUGAAAAAGCAAGCUAAUCACAUUGUCCAGCAGGCUCAAAGAGAACAAGAUCAUUUUGUGAAAGAAAAGAAUAAUUUAAUAAUGAUGUUGCAGAGAGAAAAGGAAAAUCUUUGUAAUUUGGAAAAGAAAUACUCCAGCCUCUCUGGGGGGAAAGGGUUUCCUGUCACCCCCAAUACUCUGAAAGAGGGCUAUAUCAUUGUAAAUGAAAUUAGUGAGCCAUGUGGCAGUUCCACGAAUCUCCCCCCUUCCACUCAGUUCCCUGCUGAUGCUGACGCCGCUGCCACUGGGCCUACCACAGCUGUGCUGAUGAGCCAGCCACAAAGUUCAGAGCAAAGAUCGUCUGUCUGUUCUGGAUUUAUGUUUCCUUCCACUCUUUCUUCUCAUCCUAUCACUGAACCUCCGUCAGCCCCUUGGCCUGAAGUCAUGGCUCCCUCUGUCGAUUCUUUUCCCUUAAAUGACACACCUCCUCCUCUACCAGCUAAGAAACACAGAAGGCAACAGCAGCCGGACCAGCAGCAUUUUAGAAGUCUGGAAGAAAGGAAAAAACAGCACCAGGAAGGCCUCUAUCUGAGUGACACUUUGCCUCGAAAGAAAACCACACCUUCCAUAUCCCCACAUUUCAGCAGUGCUACUAUGGGGAGAAGCACCACCCCAAAGGGCCACCUGCCCCUGGGACAGAGCAACAGCUGUGGCAGCGUGCUCCCCCACUCACUGGCAACCAUGGCCAAGGACUCAGAGUCUCGGAGGAUGCUCAGAGGAUAUAAUCACCAACAGAUGAGUGAAGGACAAAGGCAGAAGUCUUCUGAAUUUUACAACCGCACGGCAUCUGAAUCGAAUGUCUACUUGAACAGUUUCCACUACCCAGAUCACAGCUACAAGGACCAGGCCUUUGAUACUCUGAGCCUAGACAGCUCUGACAGCAUGGAGACCAGCAUCUCUGCCUGCUCACCUGACAAUAUCUCUAGUGCCAGCACUUCAAAUAUUGCCCGAAUAGAAGAAAUGGAGAGACUUUUGAAGCAGGCUCAUGCAGAGAAGACAAGGCUGCUUGAAUCCAGGGAACGAGAAAUGGAAGCCAAGAAACGCGCUCUGGAAGAAGAAAAACGACGUCGAGAACUCCUGGAAAAACGAUUGCAGGAAGAAACUAGCCAGAGGCAGAAGUUAAUCGAAAAAGAAGUAAAAAUAAGGGAGAAACAAAGGGCACAGGCUCGACCUCUGACCCGCUAUCUGCCUGUGCGGAAGGAAGACUUUGAUUUGCGGAGCCACGUAGAGACUGCUGGCCACAAUAUCGAUACGUGUUAUCAUGUGUCAAUCACAGAGAAGACCUGCAGAGGAUUCCUCAUCAAAAUGGGUGGAAAAAUUAAAACCUGGAAAAAACGCUGGUUUGUUUUUGAUCGGAACAAGCGCACCUUCUCUUAUUAUGCAGACAAGCAUGAAGCUAAAUUAAAAGGAGUAAUAUACUUUCAAGCCAUUGAAGAAGUAUAUUAUGAUCACCUCAAGAAUGCUAAUAAGAGUCCUAAUCCUUUACUUACCUUUAGUGUCAAGACACAUGACAGAAUCUACUACAUGGUGGCCCCAUCGCCAGAAGCCAUGCGAAUCUGGAUGGAUGUCAUAGUGACUGGGGCAGAAGGUUACACUCACUUCUUGUUGUAGUGAACUGACACGACUUCAGGGCAGACUGCAAUAAUCUCUUACAAGAAUGAAGCCAUAUCAACACCAGAUGGACAGACCCAACAGACCCAUCCCUUUAACUGUGGAUACUCAGAACUGCUUUCACAUUAACAGGAAGUCAUUUGUAAAAGAGAAAGAAGGGGUUUUAAUUCAAAGCUUUAUCAUAAAUAAUUCAAAGCUUGAUCAUAAACAGCAAAAGAAUUGCCUAUGAGAAAGAAAAUAUUCUUUUGGUAAAUAGCACCACUUAUAGGAACAUUUCUUAUAAACUCUUUAUAUCAAUUGUUGAUUUUGAUGAAAUAAACUAGUUUACAAAAUGUCUGUAUGUAUUUGGAAAAUAUGAAAUUAUUUUAGCACCCAAAUCAUUGGUGGCAUUGACGUUAUUGGUAAUCAACUGGCUUUUUUUUAAAGGAGUGUUUUAUGGAAGGUUAUUUUAUAAAUAUUAAAAUAAACAAAUAAGGGCUUGGAAAGGGAGUAUAUUGUAGGAGGAGUUUGGCCCUAAUUUUUAAGUACUACACCAAAACCAAAGACUUGACAUGACCUCUGCUGAACAGUAGUAGUUAUGAACUGCAUUUAAUGUUACUCUGCAUUUUAAAAUGGUACUUUGAUGCCAACAAGUGCCCAGGAAGUUGACUUUGAAGAGUCACCACCAGCAUAAGCUACUGUACAUACAUAGCAAACACUUUGUAAAAGAAGAACAAAAAGCUGUGUGUUUUAGGAAGAAGCAGUCUUAGACAUUCUAUCAUACUGGGCAAUUUAAAAUAAAGAGAAUAUUUAGCUUCAGCUGUUUUGCCGAUGAUUUCUCCAUUCCCAGUGCUGAGAAUAAAGGCAACAGGAGCUGAUUUCCUUUAGACUGUCCAACUUCUCUUUGUUGUAGAGUACUCGUGUUAACUGCACCCUCACAUGAUGUAACUAUGAAAUAAAGCUCUGUUUUCACCAAAGAGCAGACCAAUCAGAAUACUUAUUUUCCAAAGUAUUGUAGUUCUAUUCAGAGGCACAUGAAGUUCACCUUAAUGUUCUCUGUGAUGUACUAUUUUAUGUUUUUUCUUCACAGUUAGCUUUUGUUUUUUAGAGUUCAGUUAAUUUGUAUUGAAUGAAAUGACUUCAGGCAAGUCCUUUUGUAACAGCUUUUCAAAUGCCAUUUAUCCUGGUUUAUCACGUUGUGUGUGUUAUUAAGUAUGAAGGUACUCUUUCCACUCAUUGACAGAGGAAUCGAAGUAGAAAAUAAUAAUGUUACUUACUAGUAAAAAUGAAAUUAUUAGAUUAGAAGUGUCUAUAAAAUUUGUCAGGCCUGACUUGGUACAAUUUUUUUUUUUAAUUUGCAGUGGUUUGUAUACAUGUUGCCAAUAAUAAGAUUUUGUGACUGGAUUACACAUGAUGUUACUUGAACAGCGAAGGACAAAAUCACAAUUGCAGAAGACAUUUCUAUAAUCUGUUUCUCCAGAGAUCACCCCUAAACCCUGUGUGAUCUAAGACAGUGAAGUACAAGUGCUGAACUUUUGUUGGUUAAUGUAAAGAUAUAACUUUCUGAACUGUACUUUACUUUCUUCAUAGGACUAUAAAGAUACUCUAAUCAACUUUCUAUCUUGCAUGAUGUAGUAAAUGAUUCAAAUAUGUGUGUCAAAAUAUGUUGAGUUUGGAUUAAAAUGUUGAUCAGAUUUCA